AUGGAUGAAGAAAAGGAUAACAGAUUUGAGAAGACUGAAGAUGUCAAUUUUGUCGAUGUUACAUUCGAUAAGUUGAACGUAAAAAAGUGGCUUGUUAAUCAAUGUCAAUUGUUAGAAUUCACUCGACCAACACCCGUCCAAUUCAACUGUAUUCCUCAAAUACUCAACGGUCAAGAUAUAGUUGCUUGCGCUAAAACAGGCUCCGGUAAAACCGCCGCAUUUGCACUUCCAAUAUUAGAUGCAUUAAGUGAAGAUAUUUAUGGUAUAUUCGCUCUUAUUCUCACUCCAACUAGAGAAUUAGCCUACCAGAUAGCCGAUCAGUUUCGUGUUUUGGGAAAACCAUUGGGUUUGAAAGAUUGCGUAAUCACAGGAGGAAUGGAUAUGAUGCUUCAAAAUUAUUCGUUGACAGAAAAUCCACAUAUUUUAAUAGCGACACCUGGUCGUCUUGCUGAUCAUAUUGAGAGUGGAACCCAGUUUUCGUUAAAAAGAAUAAAAUUUUUGGUUUUAGAUGAAGCUGAUCGUUUAUUAGAAGAUAAUUUUGGUAAACAGUUGCAGACAAUUUUCGAUAUUUUACCAAAAAAACGUCAAACGUUAUUAUUUAGUGCAACAAUAACCGAUACGAUUAAACAAGUUCAAUUAAUGUCAAAAAAGGCACCCUUUGUCUACGAUGCCAAUUUACAUCAUCAACCCGUUGAAAAACUUGAUCAAUACUAUGUCUUGAUGCCAGCAAACGUCAAAGAUGCUUAUCUAUUUCGAUUGUUAACAAUUCACUAUGAUAAUGAUAAUAAAAAAAGUUCAAUUAUUGUAUUCACUAAUACAUGUCGAGAUUGUCAAAUAUUAUCAAUGAUGUCAAGAAAAUUUCAUAUGCCAUCAGUUGAAAUACAUUCUUUAAUGAAACAAAAACAACGUAUAGCAUCAUUAGCUAAAUUUAAAUCGUUACAAGUACGAAUAUUAUUUGCCACAGAUGUAGCCAGCAGAGGGCUGGAUAUUCCAUCGGUUGAUUUAGUCAUCAAUCACAAUGUUCCGUAUGUACCAAAAGAAUAUGUUCAUCGUGUGGGACGAACUGCUCGUGCAGGACGUUCUGGUACCGCGAUAACAUUAGUCACUCAAUAUGAUAUUAAGUUAAUGCAUAAAAUUGAGGCACUUGUAGACAAAGUAUUACUAGAAUAUAAAGUAAAUGAAAAAGAAGUGUUAAAAUUGUUAGUUGAAGUAGCAAUGACAAGAAGUCAAGUGGAAAUACAAUUAGAUGAAGAAGAUUUUGGAGAAAAUGAAAAAAUAAAUAAACGAAAACAUCGAUUACUACAAUCGAGAAUAGCGGAUAAUGAUGAUUCGCCAAAAAUUAAGACGAAGAAAAAUAAAAAAAAGAGGACUACCACAAAUUCUGAACAAAAUAGUGUAAAUGAUGAACAAUAA